AUGCCAAAUCCCCUUCGAGAGAAAUCUGGUGGUUGCAUGGUCUCAAGUGUCCCACUCAUUGUCUUCAUGGAUGAUCACCACGUCGUCUAUAUGUUGAAUGCUGCCAUGCCCCGCGAAAUGCUUGAAAAAGAAUUUUGCGUCCAAUUUGUGUCGUCAUCACCCCACGCAGCUCCCUUAGAGCUCAUGCGAGCCGUAAUGCAAUCCAUUCGAAAUGCUGCAGAUGAUGGUGUUAUUGCCUGGGAUUGUAAAUACCAUGAAGAAGUCAUGCUCAUCCCUCAUAUUGUCUUCACGGCAGGUGACAAUCUGAUGCAGGCUGAAGAAUGCAGCCAUGGUGGGCUGAGGUGUAAUUUUUUCUGCCAGACAUGCAAAGUUGGUGGCACAAAUGUAGACAAGAAGUCUGAUGCGGGUUACUGUAGCAUAUUCAAGGCUUGUCCAGACCUUCAUACUCUGUGUUCUGCUGAACUUCGAAUGCCGGAGGAAACACUGGUGCAGGUGAAAGAGCAAAUCGAGCUUGCAAAACUCCCUGGUGGAACCACCAAAGUUCAGACUACAUCAGCGAUCAUAAAUCGCCUUCUGGAGCUUGGAAAACAACUUCGCAAACGCGAGGCCGGGAAGCCUGUCAUUUCUGAAGUGGAUGUUCAUGUGCAGCUCAAGCGCGAGCUCGAGGCUGCAUUAGAUGGUCAUUCGCUUGAUGAUCACAUCAACCCACUUCUUGGUAUGCCGAGUGUCGAUGUUCAUCAAGAUACACCCACAGAAAUCCUACAUACUGUCCUUCUCGGUGUCGUCAAGUACUUCUGGGGCCAGACAGUAUGGAUACUCGAUAAAAAUUACUUGCUCAAUACAUUCCAGAUGCGACUGGAAUCUGUCAACAAGGAAGGCUUGAAUUCGCCGACUCUUGGAGCAGAGUACAUCUGCCGUUUCAAAGGAGGUUUGAUUGGCAAGCAUUUCAAGAGCCUUGCACAGGUAAUGCCAUACCUGAUCUAUGACCUAGUUCCGCACUCAGUUCUCGAUGGUUGGACCAUGAUUGGCAAGCUCGUAGUGCUUCUCUGGCACACAGUGAUUGAGAAUGCUGAGGAUAAUUGGAUACAGGGGGCAAAGUCCCACCAGUUGAAUGGUGUUUGA